AUGGAUCGCAGGAAAGCGGAACCAGACCCGUCCAUUCGCAAUGGGAUGGGUCAGGCUCUGAUGUACGGGGAAUUCGCGUCCGUUGGCAGCAGAAAGGUCCGGUACGCGGUGAGUCUGACAGAGCGAGACCUCGCCAUUCAAAAGAUCACGUCGGCACCUGCGGGACGGAGCAAAGUGGUGCUGAACUUACGAGACUGUGUCGGUUGUCGGGCGUACAAGGGAAAUGACAGUACAGAUACGGGAGCAUAUUUCUCUGCCUACUUUUACCCUUUCAAGAGACGCUGGAUGAGUUCUGGGGUAGCCCGCCAAAGAGUCGAGCAGAGCUUUCGGGUAGCGAUGGUCCAGGACCCGCACCUGAAUCUAGAGGAGGCACAACGAUGGGCUCGAGCUAUCAACGAGGGCUCGGCUCGUCACCGAACACAGAGAAGUGGUGCACACGGUGAGGUGCGGCGGCCAUGUCGUGUUUUGUUGCUUCUGAAUCCCCACAGUGGUAAGGGACAGGCUCUUGCCCUCUUUAACAACCAUAUCCAGCGUAUGCUCCACGAGGCCGGAGUUCCAUACACCCUGGUUAUCACAGAACGUCAAAACCAUGCGAGAGAGCUGGUUCGGGAGCUUGAUCUGUCACAGUGGGACGCUCUGGUAAUCAUGUCAGGUGAUGGACUGCUGUUUGAGGUGGUGAACGGCUUGAUGGAGAGAGAAGAUUGGGAAGAUGCCAUCCAAACUCCUCUGGGGGUGUUACCAGGGGGCUCAGGGAAUGCAUUGGCAGCCUCCAUACACCACUACUCUGGGUCCCAGCCGGUGUCCAGUGAGGAGCUGCUGUUGAGUUGUGGCUUCCUACUGUGUAAAGGACUGGUGUCCCGCCUAGACCUAACCUCAGUCUCCAUGGCCUCCAACCAGAGACUCUUCUCCUUCCUGUCUUUGGCAUGGGGGUUUGUGGCCGACGUCGACAUCGAGAGUGAGAAAUAUAGGCACGUGGGCGCUGCGCGUUUCACCGUGGGCACGCUAGUGCGGUUGGCGUCGCUGCGCGUCUAUCGUGGCAAACUGGCUUAUCUCCCAGCUGAGGAACCCUUGUCAUCCAAAACACCUAACGGUCACCUCACAACACUGACGCCGUCCUCCCCCGAGCUUGGGCCCCAGGACAAUCUGCUGGUUCCUCUUGACCAGCCUGUGCCCAUGCACUGGACAGUGGUCCAAGAUGAGGACUUUGUCCUGGUGCUGGCCAUGUAUCAGUCGCACCUCGCCGAGGAUCUUCUGGCCGCUCCGGCUUCCAGAGCGGAGGACGGUAUCAUCCACCUCAUGUAUGUAAAGGCAGGCAUCUCACGUGCUGCUCUCCUGCGUCUCUUUCUGGCUAUGGAGAAAGGUGCCCAUUUGACCACAAACUGCCCCUACGUGGUGUAUGUCAAAGUGAGGGCGAUGCGUCUGGAGCCUUACUCGCCCAAAGGGACCAUCACCGUGGAUGGGGAGCUUGUGGACUAUGGGCCGGUUCAGGCACAAAUCCAUGGCAGUUUGGCUCGUCUAAUAACUGGAUAG